UUCCUUCUUAAACAUCAAUAUAUAAAGGAGUCUGGCUCUUUCAACUUUCUUAUUAUUUAUUUUAAAAGAGCGAAGAUCAACCGAUAUGCGAUUGUUGUUUGUUUGUAUUGAGGAGGCACGAGAGCUCGGGAGACAAGCGGCGAGUGGGAGGUGUCCACACUGCGAAGGAAAAGUCGUAGCGAUUGAUAUCGAGAGCAAAUGGAAGUUUUGUUGCCUCCCGAUUGCAUAUAUCGAUAAACGCAAGUACUUUUGCACUUUGUGUUCUCGACGCUUGGUCUUGUAUGAUUAUUGUUAGUGAUCCGUGGUGCAAGGGUGAGGUGACCCGUCUUCAACCAUCAAAUUAGUUCAUUUUUUCAAAUAGUAGUGAUCAUAGUUGUGGAUUUGAUUAGGUAGGAUUUGAGAAACAUAAUUCCUUUUCGUAUAUAGAAGCAUGAAACCGCAUGCUGAUGGUGAUAUCAUCAAGCUGUCGGGUUUUUAUAAUUCGUUUGUAUGUUUUUCGUCACUUGUGUCAAGAUGGACAGGUUGGGUGAUGAAGCUAGUUGAGUUUGGUUUGAAAAUAGUAAUUUAUCUAGUGCAAGUCGAAAGAUGACGGGCCAGAUUUGUUUAACCCGAAAGCAAUUUUUGUAUGUAAUUCGCGUUUUAAUUAUGAUUUAAAAUUGAUCUGUUAUAAUACCAAAAUAUUUGUAUCAAA